UCCUGGUCCAUCUGGUUCCAGCCUCUUCGCAUCGAGUGACGAAACAACACGAACAGCCCUUGAGUGAACAAAGGGCUUAUAAGGGAACAGCUGUUGAGCGUUUCAGUAGUUACUGACAUCUGUGGAUAUGAAAACAUCGUUUGUUCUGCCACAUGGAAUAAUUAUUUCCCGCACUAAUGAACAUACACGCCACUUUUAGCAGGUCGAUUAAACCGUUUCCCUUUCCCAUUUCACAGUUAAUUCGUCGAUAAUUUUGCCACUUUGACAAAAUUGAAGGCGCCCACCACGUGCGCACGCACGCAAAACGACGAACCUGCAGUGGGUUUAUGUUAAUAACCAUCGAUUGUUGCAGUACGAGUGAAUGAGGAAAGCUCUGUGCAAUCAUAUAAUUGUGGUCGUUUGAUACAGAAUUUGCAACCAGUUAUCGCUACUAAGGAACCCCAAACUGUCUUCGGGCAUUUUGGUCUCCGUUGGCAGAAGUUGCGGAGUGAUAAAUGAAUUGUUGGCUCUAAAGUAGAAUUAAUACACCAGUACCACUUGGUGGUCUCAUCCUAGAUAACUUCGCUUAUACCAACGCUAAACAGACUGCGCCAUGACCCGCCGCCAUAAAAUUUUUCUACUCUGCAUAGCGCUGUUUGCAGCGGUGUGGAUUUUUGUGCUCGUAGCCAACCAAAAACCUGGAAAAUGGCGUUCCUUCAACCUGCUGUGGAAUAAGAGGAGUCCUCCUGAAGGUCACUCGAAUACCGGCAUGCGUAGUGUAGUAGGAAUUGCUCGGGGUAGUCAGACGAAAUUGAAGUCUUUACCAAUUUCUGACCGCUCGUCUAACGUCUCCAGACAGUUGCCAACGCCCGUGCUGCUCUUUGCUAGCAUGCGCACCGGCUCCUCCUUCGUGGGUGAACUACUUGGGAACAGUCGGGAUGUGUUCUACCUCUUCGAGCCGGGACACGCCAUGCAGACCACCUUGCUGAAAAUGCAGGGCCUGCAGUUCACCUACGACGUGCCGGGGUUGUGUAUCAACCUGAUGACCAAGCUGUUCCGGUGCGACUUCCGCGGCCUCGAUUUCUACCUGGAGUAUCUGUCUCAAGAGCCCCUAGAGGUCCUACAGCGCAGGACGCCCAGGUUGUACGAUGCGUGCGUCCAGAACGGAUCCAGCAAUGCGACGAACUGUGUCGUCACGAGUCUCAUGGCAACUGAGAGCUGCCAGCGGAGCAAAUUCGUCGUCAUCAAGGAGAUCCGGGUCCCAGAUAUGACGACACUGCUGCCCCUGAUCAAGGACCACGUCCUCGAUCUGAAGGUGAUCCAUUUGGUGAGGGACCCUCGACCAGUGACGGCUUCACGCGUGCUCGCCCUGACCAAUAAGACUCUCACUUCAUCCAAUCAGACCUUCGGAAACUUUUCCAAAGACUAUCGGGAUUUUCUGUCCGAUUACUGUACGGAAAGCGCGGCGAACGCCAAGCUAGGACGGCAGAGUCCGAAUUGGAAGGGACGGUACAUGCUCCUGAGGUAUGAGGACGUGGCGUCAGAUCCAACGUCGGCCGCUGAGCGAAUUUACCAAUUUCUCGGUGACACCCUUGUCCCCAAGACGGUUCGGUACUGGAUCGCGACGAACACCAACGUAGAUGUGGCCAACCGUUUCUCCACUAAGCGGAAUUCCAGCCAGGUGUACCAGGCCUGGCGGCGAACCAUGCCAUUUGGCGUGGCCAAGGCAAUUGAGGGAGCGAGACGCUGUCGGGAGAUGAUGGAAAUGAUGGGUUACCGCCUGCUGGAAGACGAAAAACAUCAGAGAAACCUGUCCCGGCCACUUUAUUAACUUUCGUGCUAGCAGCCGCGGAGUGGUUUGUUUGCGGGGCGAAAAAAACCACAAAUUCGUUGUGACGUCACCACAAAAUAUUCACGCUGCUAAGUCAAACUGACAACACACAAGAGCAUGGCCUUUUGGAAGAGUUUGCAUCAGAUGGUUCGUGUCUUAAAUUUCACCCUCACUCGUGGUCGUUCGUCAUCACGUCAAGUAUAUGUUAUGUUUGGAAUUUUCGGACUCAUGAGAUCUGGUCUCUAUACCGUAUUUUUGUCCCUCUGCGGUGAUCACUUUUUGAAUUGUCUGUUUUCGUCCACUGCGGGGAAUGCGCAUCACGGCGUCCGAAGUUAAUGUUAUGGCUCUCAUUUCCGACAGACCCUUUUGGGGGGCAUCCACAGAGGAAACACAUGAUGCUGCAAACCCUGUCUGGAGUUUCUUACCAAGAACAAACGCGAUGAUCUUAAGAAUUUAACUCUCAUAACCGAACUAAUACAUGCAAUAAAAAUAAUACUUCUUUUUAAAACAGAGUGUCGUUUAAAAAUCCUUAAGAGCGCUUUACAAUUAAAACGAAAAAACUAUGAUUUCAGUUUGAACCUAAUAGAAUUAAACUAUAUAUUAGAACAGGCCAGCCGCAGAAUCACUCAAUUCAAUAAAAAUAGGUUUAAAUGUUACAAUACUAGGAAUUCUUCAAAAGUUACUUUGUAAAUAAUAUAGGGAAAAUAUAAUUUCACCAUUAAUUAAGUAUAAACACACAUAAUUAAAAUUAUACAGAAAGUGGAUAAAACGAUUGGAUUACGAGGAAACAGAUAAAUGUUGGGAACCACAUAAUUAACUUCAGCGGCCUUUAACGUCAAAGAGCCUGGUAAAGAGCCUACUCUACACUGGCCUUCAUUGAGAAUAUCUCCAAGGAAUCAGGAAAAUUGCAAUUUACUGGAGGUUGUAUGUUGCGAGCUACAUGAUCGAAUUAAUUUUCCCUCUUCUGAUUUUGUAUUUUAAGCUUUCAUAAAUUCAAUUGUUUACUCCAAACAUCAAUUCGAUCCACAGAUGACAACAGUGAAUGUAACGACCACAGCUGUAAUCGGCAGCUAUUGUCGAAAAACAAUCGUAACUACGUCCGUGUAACGAAUAAAAUAUUGAUUUUCUUUCAGUGUAGAAGCCCUUAUUUUGGGGGUAUACAGACGGGUUACGGUGAACCUGUCCGCCAUUGGUUCCCCUACAUGGGCGGUUCCGAGGAUUUGGACCUUCGUUUCUGGAUCGGGAUGAUUACUCUGAAAAAGCUCUGAUUGGGCAUUACUCGGAACGGAACUAGGCAUAGGGGGUUGUUCAUCCCAGCUGUAGAUGAUUUUGCAGUGCUAUUUUGAAGCUAGAUAUAACUUCUCGAUAGAAGUCAUGUGUUUUGGCAGCUUAUUCCAAUCUCUUGCCAUCUUAAGAAUCCAUCUUAAUGAAUGAAGAUGGGAUAGUGACACAGACUGUCUUGCAGGUCCUAGUGUUCAUUCGUGUGCGACCUAAUGGAGGUUCUUGCAAGUUAAGGAAAUCUCUUAUGUCCAGGUCAAUACUGUGAUGAAUAAUUUUCGAACUCACUUGCAGAUGCUUUGGUUACCCACACGUCUAAAUAAGCUUUUUUUGGGGUAACAUUCGGAUGCCAAAUUUCGGGUUCAAAAAAUGGGAUAUGGCACGGAAUGCCCAAACGCACGAAAGUAGUAAGCAGUUUCCGCAAUAAAUGCCUUUAUCCGCCCGGAGCAGAAGCACCCCCUCAACGGUUGAAAAGAGCUAUAUUGGUCGGGAGUGAGCGUUCAUUUUGUUGAUAUCAUGGCAACGGCAACGCGUGAAUUCCAGGGUCGUUCGUGAACAAGCGAAGUUCAGUUCUGACCAAAGGAACCUCCGUUGCUAAGAAAAUUGCGCCCUCUCUUGGUCCAGCUCGAGGCUCAUUAGUAGCCUAGUUUAUCCUGUUUGCAUGAACAAAAACAUUCCCCGCCAACAUGGCUCUUCUUAACCGAUGAGGGGGUGCUCCUGCUCAAAGCGGAUAGGACAUGGCUUUCCGGUGUAAUUGAUUGAUUAAUUGCUAUUUAUAUACAUACGUAUACCAUAGAAAUUGCCUCGGCUCUCGUGCAUUAAAAUACAAUUAGUACUUAAAGUUAAGAAAUACAUUUUUAUAACAAUAAACUAUAUAACGGUUUUGCCCGUACCCAACGUAUGUUAAUAAGCACUGUAUGCUCAUCUUGAAAACAAUAAAAUAAUUAAGCAAUAAAAAGAAUUAUUUUCAGUAGCACUCAAAACUAACAAAGUGACAAAUUACUUGGUUUCAUUCGUAAUGUCUCGGAAUUAAAAUGAUACAGUGUAUUAUGAAAGCCUACAAGCACAAGUCUGCAAUGAAGUGGCUGGAACUACAGUGAAUGUCACGGCUUAGAAAAAGUGUCAUUAACUUCGUAGCUUUUCUUGUCUUGGACUUUGUAAGGACCCAUUUUGCCAGCAGAUUAAUGCAGUCAGAAAAAAA